UGACAUUUGAUAUAAAAACAUCAAUGUUGGCGAAGGUAUAUUUUUGUAAAAAAUACAAAAAUGUGAAUUGAAUUAUAUUAUGUGAAUAUGUGUGAAAUACAGUGUGACGUUUUAGCUGAGUUCUCGUUAAAGAAUAUUGAGGAUACAUUUAAAGUUACAUGUAUAACUAGCAGGAGUUUCUCUCGCACAAAAUUUUCUUCUAAACAAUUUUUAUCAUCUGAGCAAAGUGCAUCUGAGGAAGAUAAUCAGUUUGAUGAAGAAUUAAGCAAAAUAUAUGAAGACUUAUCGAUUCAAAACAUUACUGCUAAAUCAGAAAACGACCACGAAGGCGUCAGCUGUUACUGCAGCGCAUCUCACACAGACAAUCUUUCGACUGAUGAACACGAAAGUUUACGUGAAAUACAUAAUCCCCCUCCGCCGAAAGGAAUUCAGCAAAGCGACAGCGGUACAGAUCUGACUGAACAAUUAAUACAUGACUUUGAUUCCGAUUGGCAAAAAUUUUGGUCAUUGAACGGGGAAAAGCUCAUAUGGGAAUCUUGGAUUGACAAAUACAGCCAAUACAUUAACCCUGAAUACCUCCCAUAUGCUCAGAAAAAGGUGGGAGAGAAUUAUAACCUGUUAGUUGAAAAUGUUACUGACGACACGUUCGUCUAUAAUCCCAAAAAGUUCACAUUUAACGAGAAAGAACUUCAAAAUUUCAGUUCAGAAUUGCAACAAGCAUGUUUGAAACCCAUCGACAAGUGUCAAGAACCGUCUAAAAAAGAAAGUAACUCCAGGAAUCACAUGCUUUUGCGUACCUUAUCGGGUAGCGACGAGAAAAUUUCUGGAGAAAUAUCAGAAGGUUGGAAUCCGCUCUCCCCUUCUAGUGUAGAUGAAGAAACAGAAGCGGAACGACUGUUAACUUCAAGGUGUUGUUCGCGAACGAGCAGCUCUCUGAGAACCAUCGAUUCGAUCACCAAUGUUACUCGCAUGACCGUUUCUUCCAUAGACCUAAGCAACAGUACUCCUAGUUCAGAUAGUUUUUCCUCCGUUAGUUCCGUCAAUAGCUCAGUAAGUUCGGAAGAAUCCGAAGAAGACUACCAACACCAAUGGAACCAUUUGUGGAAAAAACACUACGAAGAUCAAUACUUAGAACAUUACAAUAAGUUUAUACAGUCUGUGAUCGGGAUUGUCACCGUAGAUAAACCUAAGGACCUUAACAGAACUGAUAAAACUCUAGGACCACUUCCAGAUAAUAAAAGUUUCAACAAAAUGUCGACAGAAUCAAAAUCCGUAGAAACCGACGAGCAAGAACAAAAUAUUUCACAAUGUGAUUCGUCGAGCGAAGAAAGUGAAGAGGAAAAUACGAUUUUUAAAGAAAUGGUCGCAAUGGGAUUACCAACAGCAUUUGGAUCUACCAGCUGGAACAAAAAUCAAGACUUUGUCGAAUCAGAUAGCAAAGGAGCAAAAGGAAACUCAGACUUCAACUCUUGCAGAAACAGAGUCAAAGCGGCCUUUAAUUUGAUAGGAAUGGAAUUUCAAGAGCCCCCAAAGGAGUUAAUGUCAGGUGAAGUAAACUAUAAGAUGAAGCACAUAAGGCAACAGAACAGGCAUUUAAAAUUACGACCAGAAGCUAAAAAGGCGAAACAUUUUAUCUUCGAUGACGAUGGAAAUAUGUAUUCCAAAGAAGACAAUGAGGUGGUAAACCACAACAUAUUAUCUGAAAGUUCCGAUAACGAGUUGAGUUCGUGCGAAGAAGAAGCGAUCGUUACUGAAGUAUCAGUUUCCCCUACGAUGGAGGAGAAGACCGAGGAAGUACAGACCACUAAAAGAAAAAGAAGGAAAAGAAAACAACCUAUGCUUCCACCUGAGAUAAAAAAUAAUACCAAGUUGCGAAAAUAUUGGCGUAAGAGGUUCAGUUUGUUCAGCAAGUUCGAUAUGGGAAUUAAACUAGACGAAGAGAGUUGGUAUUCCGUAACGCCAGAAAUAGUUGCGAAACGCACUGCUGAGCGAUGCCAGUGUGAUAUAAUCAUCGAUGCCUUUUGCGGAGCUGGAGGUAACGCUAUUCAAUUCGCGUUAAAAUGUAAAAAAGUAAUCGCUAUCGAUAUUGACCCCAAGAAAAUAGAAAUCGCCGAAAACAAUGCUAGAGUAUAUGGUGUUUCCGAUAAAAUCGAAUUUAUUAUCGGAGAUUUUCUACAAUUAGCGGAUAGUCUAAAAGCUGAUGUAGUUUUCUUAAGUCCUCCUUGGGGUGGACCGUCGUAUCUCUCGGAAAAUGUAUAUGAUCUAGAAACGAUGUUGCUACCAGUGGCUUUUUCACAAUUAUUAGCGACUGCUAGAAAAAUAACACCAAAAAUUGGUAUCUUUUUACCUCGGAAUAGUAAUACAUUUGCGUUGGCUAAAGGAGCAGGACCAGGCGGCCAAGUAGAAAUAGAACAAAAUUUCAUCAAUAAAAAAUUAGUUGCAAUAACAGCCUAUUAUAACAAUUUGAUUAAGGAAAAAAUCGAAACUCGAGAUUUUCCACAAUUAGAUAAUAUAUAAGUACGAUAAACUUACUAAAUUUAGUAUUAAGAGUAAUAUAUAAAACCAUUUAAAAUCCCAUUAAUUCGUAUCUUUUGUAAUAUCUGCGGCAAAACAAUAAUUGGAUCGAA